AUGGCACACGAAUUAAUGACGGAUGAUGAGUUUUGUCAAGCCAUCGAGCAGCUUGGAGAAGCGGGUAACCAUGACCUCAGUGAACUCAUCAAGGCCAUGAAUGAGAGCCGGAUUAUUUCUUGGGAGGAAGCAGAACGUAUUCUUCAAGAUACCUGUGAGGGGCCUGUCAAAAGUAGUUUACCUGAGCAAACCCGUCCAUCAGAGCCAGAAAAUGAUACAGAUGUCGAACAGUGUAUUCGUCGGCUGAAUGACAAUGAUCCGACGUUAAAAGAAGUGAAUUUGAAUAAUAUGAAGAGAACUCCUGUUCCACAAAUCAGACGAUUACUCGAAGCUUUAGCUUAUAAUGAGUUUUGCGAACGGAUUAGCUUGGCUAACAUGGGAUUGUAUGACAAUGAUGUUGCAGUUCUACCGUCUGUUUUGGAACUCAACCAAACUUUGAAGAGGUUGAAUCUUGAAACGAACUACCUUUCAGGAGAUUAUUUUUCACGGCUCUUUAAAGCAGCUUGUGUCAAUAUGAGUUUGGAAGAAAUAAAAGCGGUAAAUCAGGGAGUGUCGUUUGCUACGUCUGCUGAAAAAGAAAUAAUUGAGGCGAUUGUCUCCAACAAAGGAUUAACAAAAGUAUCAGUGAACUUACGUUUACCAGAAGGCCGGCACAAAAUAGAGCAUGCAACAUUACGAAAUGGAGAAAUAAAACGUGUGUUACGUAGAGAAGCAGCAUUGAAGGCCAAGCAAGAAGCGGAAGAACUUGCUAAAAACCCAGUGCCAAAGCUAGCAAAGGAAUUGCCGAAGAAGAUUGCUGAACCGCCUAAGACUGCAUCGCCUCCUAAACCUCGUGGUAGCCAAUUGGCCAAUCCCACCAUUGCAUCUUCUGCCAAGGAGAAAAUUCCUGAUCCAGAACGUCGUUCUAGUACAACUAAGAGUUCCACCCCUGUGAUCCCUAUGGUGAAAGCUGUUGAGAAACCGCCGCCUCCUCUUCAAAAAGGAUCUUCGACUAUAAAGAAGAUCACAGAUUCCAAUGGGAAUAUUGACAAUGAAAGUCAAAAGGUUGAAAAGCCAAUUGUCCCGAAGAAGCCCAACCAUGAAGUCCAUGAUGAUGGCAAACCAUCUUGGGCUAAAAGGUUUGGUGCGGAAGUAACAUUAAGAAAAGCUGCUACGAAUGAACCGAAGAAGCCUUUGGUAGCAACUGCUGCAAAACCUGAGUUGCAAAAGCAGCCCAGUACCGAUUCUACCCCCGCCUCGAGUGAUGAUAGCAAAACCGAAAAAGCUCUCACUUCACAGACCGAGGUUGCGAAGUCUAUAGCAGAGCCGGAAAAAAAGCCAGCUCCUACCGUGACAACAAUCAGGAAAACAUUUGUGAAGCCAAAAAAUCCUGCUUUGCUCAAAGACGCGCCUGGAAAAGCCACACCCGAAUCAGAGUUGUCCGCUGAAUCAGGAUCGGCCACGCCAGUCAAGAAAGUUUCCGCAAAUAGCCAGCCGUCAACAAUAAUCAAAGAUACUUUGAAGAAAUUGGCCGAAACUGGGGAAGCCCAACUUAAAACUAGUGAUGGUCUCCCUCUGGAUGAUAUGAGCUCUAAGAAGGACCCUGAUAAUCCGGAUAAACCUGCUCCAAAAAAGAAACGAAUAGUCAGACGUGUAGUUAAAGUGAGAAAGAAGAAGCCCGUAACGGAUGACGCCGAUAGUACAUCACAAGUUCCGAAAACUGAAUCCUCGACCGAAGCUGUGACUAAGGCCUAG